AAAGGCACUUGACGUUCGUAAUUGAAAUAAAUAUAUUUUGUAUUUCAUUUACAUCUACAUUUAUUUAAAUAUGCCACCAAAAGCCAAAGAAAUAGCUCGGAAAGUGGUAGUACCAGUGAACAGACCAGAUAUAAGCGACGCUAGUUUGAAUUUUGUUCCAGGAGAUGCUGUUGAAGGUUAUCAAGAAAGGAUAGAAACUGGCGUCGACUGGACUAUUCAACAAGAAGCAGCUCGAUAUUGCAAACAUCGCUACCACGGAGAAGUCCCGGAAGUUCUAUUUUCGCAAGCAUUACAUCAGAAAAUUAGUAAAAGCGUCUUAGGUGGUUUUCUUGACAAACAUUCAAACAUAAGCCUUCAAAAUCAAUGGGAAAUCAUAUUACCCACUGCGGUUUGGGAUAAUGAAAAAUUUGCUAAUGAAGAAAGUAAAAUAUGUUGGCAAAACGACAAUUGCAUCACCGAUGACUUGAUAAAUUUAAUUAAAAACGCUGUUUCUUACGACGAUAGAAAGAUUUUGGAACAUGAUUUUAAGAACGUCAAUAUUUUGAGAGUAAACGAUUGUAAAAUGACCAAAUUAGAUAAAGGGUUAACCGGAUUUCGAAGACUGGUCCGUCUUAAUUUAUGUGGAAAUUUCCUGAGUGACAUCGACGCCGGGUUUAUGCCACGUGGACUGAGAGCGCUCGAAAUGCAAAGUAAUUUUAUUAAGUCUGUAGAAGUCCUUGCAGCGGGUUUACCAUCCGGUUUGUUGUAUUUAGGAUUGGGAAAAAAUGUUAUAGAUGGUGUUGAAGGCAUUAGUAAAUUACCCGACAGCAUCACAGUAUUAGAUUUAAGUGACAACGACAUCUGUGAUUUGGAAGCUACAUUAAAUGCUAUGUCAACGUUGCCGAAUCUUGUUUCGCUACAGCUCGCUGGAAAUCCAUGCGCAGUAUGCGCAGGAUAUGCACGCUUCACUUUGUCAAAGUUACCCAGACUGCAGUGGUUGGAUAUGCGAGAAGUUCUUCCCACGGAUCGGCCAGACGAACAUUCUGAAAUACAUCCGGAUGACUUACGCUCCACAUAUUUCAACUUUACUAUAUUCCGAAUAAUUUCAGCCCCUCAACCACCAAAAGGGGAUAAGGGUGCCAUAAUGACCUUCCACGUUGAACUAGAGCUCCCGUUGUUGGACGCGGCGAGACGAAACUUUUUAAUGUUUCGCAACAAUGAGUCAUUGAUAGAAAUGUUACCGCCGCCGGAGGACGACUUGUGGGAGCCGAGCAAAAUAGGCUCUAUGGUCAAAAGUAAAUCCGUCUUAGAGGGUGAAGCAUCAUCUCGCGGGUCUCACAUCUUCCACUUGACAGCUGUGGAUUCCCGUGAGAUCCGUCACUACACUGUCUUCGAGAGCAAUAGAGUGCCGUGGAACAAGAUUAUGAAUUUCCAAGAACCAGCUGUGCGGAUAUUCUGUCCCAAUUUAUUUGGCUUGAGGGACACAUUCCGAACCGUUGUCACUUUGCGACUCGUGUAUACAGUGAGCAUCCCUAUAAAGCAAGGCAAAGCCGAUAAGAAGAGCGUUCACACGAUGAAAGCCGGGCCGCAGGAACAAAGAGCCACGAUAGCGACUAUAAAGUGCGCCCUCAACCGGCCCGACUGGACGCAAGCCUCGCAGGACUACCACUGGGACGACACGCUUGAUGAUGACGCUAUAUAUUACGGCGAUGGAGAUCUCUCUAGUUUGCAGUACAGUCAAGCCGCUACAAAAGUUGUGAAAGGAAAAACGGACACUGAUCAAGGAUCCGCAAGGCAGCAACUACCGGAAAAUAUGACUUGUCAUUUUGGAUUUGGCAUCGAUACUCUACGUUAUUAAACUAUACGGAAUUUAUA